AAAAACAUCUUAUGAAGAGAGCAAGACACCAAAACCAAAUUAGAAUAACUGAAGAAACCAACAAAAAAGUUCCCAAUAUACAAAAACAGAACAUGAAUAAUUGAUGCUUUUACAGCAGGAUAGUGAAAUGAAUAAAAAAUUUGUGCAUAUAGACGACAGAUGAGGCUGUUUUGAAGAAGGAUGGAGAAAGAGACUUCAUUCUAUUUUAGUGAGAUGCUUAUUUUUGCAGAUGUCAGAAUCUACAACAGUAUUUCAAACCCUAAUUAACAAGACAUGUUUUAUUCCCACUGUGAUUAAAAUGCAGAAUAGAUUAAAGAUAAUAGUCCAUCUUAUAGUCAGGAUGUCAAGGGCUGAAAUUAUGAAGGUAUAUAAAUAUAACAGUAAGUCAGGCUUGAAACCCUGGACUUCAACUUUUCAGUUUUUUAAAGUUUUUAAGUAACUGUUCCCUAAUAGGACUAAUUUUACAUGACAGAAUUGUUUUUGUUUUAGUUAUUGGGAAAUUUAAUGUCAAUGUCAUAUUUUUAAGUUGGGCUGGAAAUAUAUUUUUAUCAACCAUAUUAAAAGUUGUUAUAUUAGUAAUAGCAUGAUACAACAAAGAACCAACUUGCUUCUUUAGCAAAUUCUUACAGUGUGACAUGACUCCAAACUGGAAAUCUAACAACUGAUAGACCCGAUAAUGUAACAUAAAGAGUGAGAUCAACUUUAACAUGGUGUCCAAUAUGAUCAAAUUCAGUCAUGUUUAUUCCAGAACUGGUUCCCACACAUUUUUUCUGGUAAAAUGAAACUUAAAUGAAAAUAAAUCAAUGCACUCUAUGAAAGAAACAAACUCCCCACAAAGAAAUAAUGUAGAAGACUACGCAAACUUCUAAUUUAUUUUAAAUUUUCCAAUAAUUUCAAACACCUUACAUCAGCAGUACAGUUACUGCAGACUGUUGCCCUACUUAAAACAUGCAAACAUGGCUUGCCUAUAAUUUGUAUUCUACCACCAGGCGGCAGUCUUGCGCUCACAUAGAAUGGUCUGUCACACAAAUAUGAGUAGAAAUUACAUGUUAGAUGUCAGGAAAGCUGAAAGACGUGAGGUAUACACUUUAUUCACGAAAUAAAUAAAUACGAGCCUUUUUUAGUUUCAACAUUACAUCUAGACCUCUUUUUUAGAUUGUUUUAUUCUCAUUUUGUUUACAAUAUCAAGUUUUUAGGGAAUUAAAUCUAAUUAUUUUUCUUUUUUAAAUCUUAUUUUUCUAUUAUUUUUUACUUUCUUCCUUAUAUUUGCUGUGCACUGUCCAGUUGCCUGAAUCAGAUUCGGAUUUGAUGUGCUAUUAAGUCAAUUAAGUUACUCCAUCCAGUCAGCAACAUCUCACUUUCCAACUUUUGCUGAAAAAAUCUGAUCUGAUGCUGAGAAGCAACCAAACCCACCAUUCCUGUUCAUUUUCGUCAGGCUGGCUGGUAAGGUGUGCCUGGACUCAUAGAUUUUUGUACAGGGCUCAAAGAAUAAGGAUCUAGAGUCAGUUAUUACUGCUAUAAAUUAGUGAUCAGGCCCAAAAUCUGGGUGUAGUGAUAGACUCAGACUUGAACCUUCAAAAGACACAUCAAGACAGUUACAAAGUCAGCCUUUUAUCACCUGAAGAAUAUUUUCAGGACCGAAAAUCUAAUGUGCGCUUAUCUUAAAUCACAUUGAUUACUGCAACAGACAUAUGCAGUUGAUCCAGAACACUUCUGCUCACCUUCUCGCUAAAACCAGGAGGAUAGAGAACAUCACCCCAGUUUUAAAGUCCUUACACUGGCUCCCUGUAAUUCAAAGAGAGUUUAAAAGAAUAUCAUAAUAAAAGCAGUUUAUAAAUCACUGAAUAGGCUUAGCACCGAAAUUCAUUAACUGUUUUAUCAACCCUCCAGGCCACUCGGGUCUUCUGGUUCUGGUUUGCUCUGUAUUCUCAGAGUCAGAACAUGUAAAAGCAGCAUUCAGCUUCUGUGCACCACAAAUUUGGAACAAGCUUCCAGAAAUCUACAGAACAGCUGAAACAGAGGUCCUUUAAAUCAAGGCUAAAAGGCCAUCUGCAUAAAGUUGCUUUCAACCUAUAAUUGUCAUAAAAUGUGAGUUGUUGGUUGAACCAAGAUGCAGACUGGAGCUGGGAGCAUGCUGAAUGUUUAAUGAAAAAAAUGAUAAAAAGCUUACAACCCCCCCGCAGGGAACACAGGAAGCCAGGGGGAAAAGAAGAAAAAAAUCAGCAAGGAGACUCGAGGAGAACGCAGGAUAGAGGAAAGAAACAGCAAGAAUGAGAUGUAUAUGUACUAGGGAGGUUGAUUACUGAACAAGAAACAGAUUAGAAACUGGUUGCAAGUGUGAGGGGAGAGUAGAAAACAGGAUGAAGAGAGAGAGAGAAAGUAAGAGGCACAGAGGGUGAGGGAGAGUACACAGGGGGUUAGUAAAAAAAUCUAUCAAUAAUGAAACAUAUAAUAAAACUAUAUAACUAGACAGAAAAAAUAAACAUAACUAGGAGCACUAAGUAUAACUGAACUAAAAUAAAACAAAAACAACACUGAUCUUAUCAAAGAAUAGGAACACAGUAUACUCAAGCUAGUAUAAAUAAAUCAAAACUCUAAAAUGUUUAAACAAUCAGGGAUCUUAACAUUAAUCACUGCAACACUGACCAACAUAUUUGACGUGUAUUGAUGAUUUUGAUGAUAGCGUUUGACAACAUUUAUUGUUUGUUACUGUAUUAUGUUUGCAUUAGGUAAUGGCCUUUGAACUGCCUUGUUGCUGAAAUGUGCUAUAAAUAAACACAAUUGAUUGACCCACUUGAACAAUCAAUCCAUUUCAGUAAAACUAGAAGGGCAUCCACCCUAAGACCGGCUCAGCACCGUCUCAAAUGGACAGUUUAAAAAUCUGCUUAAAUUGCAUCCUCACCACAUCCUGUAACCAGAGUGGUCGUGUGUCAACGUUAAAUAGUCAAUCAAUAGACACUCCACUUAAUUCAGGUGUGUUGGAGAAAGGGUGCAUCUAAAUAUCAUGACUGCUAUUCAGUUCAUUGCCUUUACUUGCAGAUACUGAUUGUUGAAUAUUAUACGUGUGUGCGUGUGUGUGCAGGCGUGGGAGUGCGUGUGUGUGUGUGAGACGGUGGCAAGACGGAGUAGGUGCCACACCUACUGGUGGUAGUCGGAGGGCCUGAUGGUGCUAACGUGGAGCACCAAAUGGAAAACACACAUAUUUCUUACAUAAAAGUGUCAAAAUUCAGAUAAACCCUUCAAGUACUGUAUGUUGUCACAUAAGAACUAUGUAUAAAAACAUUGUUAGCUCUAAAGCAACUAAAGAGUGAAUCGAACAUGAACAGGAAGUGUUCUAGAUUGACAACAAUCUGUGAUGUCGAUGCACAAAUUGUUUCUAUUGAAACACAAGUAAAUGUCUGCAUAGCCGCUAAAACGUCCUAUGUUUUCAGCUAACACGUUGGGCAGGUUCUCUCUGGGUACUCCGCUUUCCUCCCACAGUCCAAAAACAUGACUGUCAGGUUAAUUGGUCUCUCUAAAUUCUCCUUAGGUGAGAGUGUGUGUGUGUAUGCAUAGUUGUUUGUCCUGUCUGUCUCUGUGUUGCCCUGUGACAGACUGGCGUCCUGUACAGGGUGUAUCCCCCCUCUCGCCCGGAAGGUUAGCUGGAAGAUAGGCACCAGCACCUCCCGACCAAACUAGGGACAAGGGUGUUAGAAAAUGGAUGAAUGGAUGGAUAAUAAUGCAAGAAAACAUUGUUGCAGUUAAGAUCAAUAAACUCUCAAUUCCAAUGAACAUUUAACAAUGGAACUGGAAGACAUUUUAAAUAUCCAAAAUAAAUAAAAAUUCAUAAAAGGAAUUAUGAAGUCUGUGUAUUGUCCUUCCACAAAGACGAAGCACCAGACUGAAGACGUCAUCCAGUUUUAGGUAGAAAGAGUGAGAAAAAAAAGACGAACGACAAAUCAUGCAAACGGAAAUAAUUGAGCAUAUUUCAAUUUGUCAUGCCAUUAGUUACUUAUUGAGACAGACCUAACUGUCUUUUUCCAGUUCAGUUUACCAUAAACAGAAGACCAACACUAUACAUCUGUUUCCUGUGGAAGAGCUGGAUAUGUUUCAGGUUAUGAAUUCAGUUAUUAAAUGAUGGAUCAUACAAGCACGCUACCAAAAUAAAAUAAAAUAAUUAAAAAAACCUGAUCAGGUUGAACGUCGUCAUCCCGCCUACUCUACUCCGUUUGCAGACUUGCAAUUGGUCGGCUGGCUUGCCACUCCCAGUCCACCCAGGUUCGGUUGCUCCGUACCUUUGUGAUGCUGCUCAAUUGAUGGGCGUAUAGAAGGAGGAUACCCUUACGUUUUCCCAUUGUACGGCACAACAAAAACCAUGUUCGUGUCUGUCUGCGUUUGCUUUCUCUGCGGCAAAAGUCUCCCGGAGAUCCGCUGUUUUCUCUCCCCCCGCACUGCUUGGCAAGCGGCUCUGGCUCUGUUGUUGCGGCCGUUUUAAAGGGGGGUAAAAGAAAGCUCAUGACAGGAACAACAACACAGGGCAGCGCAUCGCGGCUAGCAGCAGCACACCAGCGUGCAUCACUUUAAUUCAGGUGAGCUUGUUUGAUUGGGGUCUUUCUACGCACUCAUGGCGGACUCGGACACUUUGGGGGAAUUGCACCUGCCGUGAGAGGGAACGGAACCGAAGCACAUGGACGGAUCUGCUCCCUGGACCCUCAAGUCGGACUGUCAGACCUGAGUAACCUGCGCCCUUGUCGCGCCGCCAUGGAGCGUCAACAGUUUUAAUUGUUAUUUAUUUAUUUAUUUUUUACUCGUCGCGGGGGCUUCGCGAACCCAUCCGAGUGCGAGGAUGACAGCUGAUCGCCCCUCCUCUCCCCGGACCGGGAUAAAAAGGCGCUCCAACUGAGUGAGCCGCCUUCUUCUCCGCUGUGUGUGUGACAAUAGAUGGAGCGCACGGGGCUGUAACGUUUGGCUUCCUCCUCGUCGGGUUCUUCACUCCUCACGUUCGGUCAAAGAUUUCACACAAACGCCAUCAGACUGCAUCACUGAUUCGUUUCUCAUGUACAAAGAUCAGACCCUCCAUUAACGGGCUCACCUCUCCACAUGGAAGGAAACUUCCAUUCCUCCUCUUGCUCCUCUUUGAUGCUUUGCGCUAAACCCAUGAUCGGCGGGGAUGAUCCUUGAGUGGCCGAUGAAAUAAUCAGCGUCGCGGUGUCAGCAAAGGGCUUGAGCCCCAGGGGAUUUGGAUAGAUUAUCGCUAGAGUGCUAUUUUGCUCACCCGGUCACACUCUCAACAGAAUUUAGCGGCUUUGGAGCUGCAGCCUUUUCACUGCUUUCGCCCAAGCGCGUGUAAACUCUAAAGCUACAGAGAGGGAGCAGAGAGGAAGAGAGAGAGAGAGAAACAGGGGUGAAUGUGCAAGCAAUGCCUUGCACAGAGGUGUUUGGAUCCAGAUCAGAGGACACUACCAACGUGCCGUCACCCCGCGGAUGUGGGGGGAUGAGACGCGCCUCGGGGUUGUAGUCAGCAGUCCGUUCCGCGGGAUGCCUUCGCCGUGACUUCAGGAGAGGGUGGUCCGCCAAGCAGCGAGAGCCCAGCGAAGAGUCAAACAGCAGCGCCUUCAAGGACCACUUUCCCCGGACCCGUUUUGUCUCCUAUCCACCGGAGGAUGUUUCAGCGAGGAUGCUGCGCUUCCCCGUGAAGAAGAUCCGGAAGCAGUUCAAGCUCCUGCUGCUGCUGGUGCUGCUCACCUCGGCCGUAUGGUUCACCUACCUGCACAUCAACCAGAGCAAGACCAUCAAGCUGCACUUCAACUACGGAAAAGAUGGAGAGAGACAGACGGACGGGACGGAUGCCAGCCGAAAGAGGGACACUCGCUCCUCAGCCGGACACCACAAGAGCGAGGACACCAGUGACAGUAGGGAGGACGAGGCGGCAGACGAUGAGCCAAUCAUUGGAGGGGCUGACAGCAGAGAUCAACUCCACAUCCGAAAGUUUCUCAGCCAGAAGCAAAAGAAGUUACUAUGGAAACCAGAGUAUAAGGGCCAGGCCAACCUACAUGUGUUUGAGGACUGGUGCGGCUCCUCUAUAGCCCAGCUCAGAAAGAACCUGCACUUCCCUCUUUACCCUCAUACAAGAACCACAGUAAAGAAGCUAGCCGUGGCUCCAAAGUGGAAAAACUACGGCUUGAGAAUAUUUGGUUUCCUUCACCCAUACAAAGAUGGUGAUUUCCAGUUCUCCGUAUCGUCUGAUGAUAACUCAGAGUUCUGGUUGAGCCCCGAUGAGUGUCCUCUCAAUGCCAGACUGCUAGUUUAUGUAGGACAGCUGGGUACAGAGUGGACUGCUCCAGGCGAGUUCACCAAGUUCAGGUCCCAAUCCUCCAAAUCUGUGCACCUGAUAUCAUCCAGGCGAUACUACUUUGAGAUUCUUCACAAGCAAGAUGACAAGGGAUCAGACCACGUGGAGGUUGGGUGGCGGCCGUUCCUCCCAGGUCUUAAGUAUGAAGUGAUAGACUCAGCUUACAUCUCCCUCUACACAGAUGAGUCCAGUCUGAAGAUGAACAGUGUGGAUCACAUCCCUCAGACUUUGGCCAGUCACAUCCAUCUCCCAGCAGAGUUUCGCCCACAGGGUCUGGAAGGAGACAUUAUCACACCACAUGGAGCUGAUAUGCUGAGGCCAGACCCCAGGGAUACUUUCUACAGCACCCCAAUGAUUGACCACACUCGGCUGCAAAAUGUUCUUCCAGCAUGUCUCUACUCUCCAACCUAUGUAGUCAAAGAUUUUCCCAUCGCCCGAUACCAAGGCCUUCAGUUUGUCUACCUAUCUUUUGUCUACCCUAACGACUUCACACGUCUCACCCAUAUGGAACGGGAAAACAAAUGUUUCUACAGAGAGUCUCCUAUCUACUUGGAGAAAUUUGGUUUCUAUAAAUAUAUGAAGAUGGAUGAGGAGGAAGAUGACAGACCGUUCUUUUUCCCCAACCCAGAUGACUUUCUUGAAGAAGAGGAGGUCGUGGAUGCAGAGGACGAGGCAGAGAUUGUUGGCACGCAUUCGCCCAGAAAACCCUCUCAUCCAAGCCAGUCCAGUCAUAUGCAUAAUUCUUCCCAUCAGCACUCAAAAACUGGGGCCACACCAGCAGGCAGAGAGGAAGAGGAAGGUAAAGAAGAUCCAAAAGAAGAAGAAGAGGAGGAGGUGGGAGAGGUCAACAGUAUAAUACGUCACAGAAAAAGAAAACAGUCUUUUCACAGGGAUAGACAGAAUGAGAGGAUUCUGGACAGAGACUGGGGAAGGGAUCAUACUCGUGGAAAUAUGAGACAACAUACAAGGAAAGGACUUGAGGAAGACCAACCCAUAGCUCUGUUACCAGAUGUGGACAGUGUGGUCAGGGGUCGCACUUUGUCCUGGGUCUAUACUGGUCCUUCAGACCAAGACCUAAAUAAGAAAGCCAAAGCACAAGGUGGGAGAGGUGAUCUUGAGGUACCUCCUAAAAUUAGCAAGUCUUCACUCCUUUUUCCCCAAAAAACCUCCCUAUCUGCACUCACCAGCAGAGCGAAGCAGAUCCUCAGCAACUCUGCCCAUAACAACUACCCCCAUACUAACAGUAACAAGCCUGUUGGGAGCAAGAAGGAGAAGAGAGAGGAGAGCAAGAUCUACAUUACCAGGCCUCGUCCUGCAAAGGAGAGAGAAAAAGAAAGGGAACAGCGACGGGAGAGGAGGGAAGAGAGGGCAUCUCGACAUCCUAGAGAAGUUUUCCCUGGAGUCUUUUUGUACCAAACUGGGAAGACCACAAGGCUGGUAAACCUGGGUCAAAGAAGACAUGGUGGAAGGGGUGGGUCAGUGGUUAGGCACCUUAUCGGUGCCCCUCAACUUUGGCACAGCCCUCCUACUAAGGACAGCAAGACAUCAGCACAUAAUAAAAGUGUUAACAUUCAGAGUGAAACUGCUGAAAGGUCUUUUAACAAAGUAGCAAUGACAAAACAGCUAGAGAAAAUCAAGAGGAAAGGGGAAUCCCGAGAUUUAAGGACUACUGUCACAGCUGACCUGCCCAGUAAAAGAGAUAUCCAGAUCCCUUUGUCCUACCACCAAGAGCCUGGUCCGACUCCAGCCUCUGAAACAAGGUUAAGCUAUACAGAAAACACAAUCCACAGUCAGUUACGGGUCACUUCUUACCUUAGGACCUCAGAGAUUACCGAAUCUCAGCAUCAGCUUAACCCAGUCUCCCACCUCACAGACAUUGAUCAAGAUACAAAUCACUCUAAUCCUGAUCCCAACCCUGAUCCAGAGCAAGAGCUGGAACCAGAGGAGGGAGAAAUGUCAGAUUACAGCUAUGAGGAGGUCGAAAUCCGGCCAGGUUGGGCAGAGGAGAGCAUCAAUUGGCAGAGGACGUUCUCUGUUAAUGCGAUGGACUUCGAGCUGCUGCGAUCAGACUGGAAUGACCUGCGCUGCAAUGUGUCUGGCAACCUCCAGCUGGCGGAAAGCGAAGUGGUGGAUGUGCUGGCACAGUACAUGGAAAAACUCAAUGAACACAAUGGAGGAAUCUACACCCUGCUAAGAAUCAUCAAUGUUGAGAAGCGCCGCGAUUCAGCAAGAGGGAACCGAUACCUGGUAGAGCUGGAGUUAAUGGAGAGAGGACGCAGCGUGGUACGACUUUCAGAGUACAUUUACCUGCUGCUGCACCAUGGAAGGCAAGGAGAGGAAAGUGUGGAGAACACAGACUCAGCUCCAGCCUCUGCACCGACCCCGCUUCCCUCUGCGUCUGCAACCAGCUUCACCACCCAGCAUCCGUCUCCUUCCACCAGGUCCUCGGUGCGGCCUGGCGCGACACCGUGGAGCACUGCUUACGCUAAGCCUCUUCUCUGCCAGCCUGUCAUGCUGCAAUGGAGGCAAGAUGUCAUGGUGCACUUUGUGGUGCCAGUGAAAAACCAGGCUCGCUGGGUGCAGCAGUUUAUUUCUGACAUGGAAAAUCUUCACCAGCAAACAAAGGACGACAACUUCAGCAUCAUUAUUGUCGACUUUGAGAGUGAGGACAUGGACGUGGAGCAGGCUCUCAGAGAGAGCAGUGUGCCAAAAUAUGAGUACCUCAGAAGAGAGGGAAACUUUGAGCGCUCGGCAGGGCUGCAGAUCGGCGUGGACACCAUUAAGGACAGUCACAGUAUAGUGUUUCUAUGUGAUCUGCACAUUCACUUCCCUCUGAACAUAUUGGAAAGCAUCAGGAAGCACUGUGUGGAAGGGCGCCUCGCGUUUGCUCCCAUCGUCAUGAGGCUGAGCUGUGGUAGUUCACCGCUGGAGCCUGAUGGUUAUUGGGAGGUUAAUGGCUUUGGGCUGUUUGGAAUAUACAAGUCAGAUUUUGACAAGAUUGGAGGAAUGAACACCGAGGAGUUCAAAGACCGCUGGGGUGGAGAGGACUGGGAACUUCUCGAUAGAGUGCUGCAGAACGGUUUGGAAGUUGAAAGACUACGUUUAAGGAACUUCUUUCACUACUACCACUCUAAAAGAGGCAUGUGGAAUUCUCAGAACAAGAAAACUUCAAAAGGAUAGCUCUUUAUUUUGGCCAGAGCAUCCUAAACCCGACCUGCAGACCCACUGUGUGUUACAGAGAGACCAGUAAGAGCUCACUCACUGCCUGAACUCUGCCCGUUUUUUCUUAGAACUGGCUCCAAUGAGAGACUCGUCUGUUUCGCCACCGGGUUCUGUUGCAAAUUUGUCUGGGUGAGGAAACUGAGUCCAAAUGGGAAAUUUGGAGACAGGUCUGUCUCUCUCCGCAGACAGACCUGAGUCAUCACUUCGCCUCACUGACUGAACUACUGUACAGAGAAAAGUUAUUUUUGUCUUCUUUCUCUGUCCUAAUUGGUGCAAUUUUUUUUUUUUCAAACAGAAUGGAAAGCAGCUGUUUUGUGUGCACAUGUGCGUGCAAGCAUGUGUGUGUAUGUGGAGCUUUGUAUGCGUGUGUGUGAGUAAGUGACUGAGUGAGUGCUGGUUAUGUGCUGUAAUUACAGGAAGCACCUUUUUUUUUCUAACAAGAUGUAAAAAAAAACAACCUAAGACCUUUUUCUAACUCGCUCUUACAUUAGAGCUAAAUAGAAUG